AUGAGUAUCUCCUCGUCUUCGGGCCCCUCAUCAACAGCAGCCAUCGACGACCCGCUACCUUCACUCCAACUCCUACUUCGCGGCGGCUAUAUCCGCUCCUCCUCAUCUGGCGUCUUCACUCUCCUUCCCAACGCACUCCGCAUCCUCCGCAAGCUCACCACCAUCAUCGACCAAGAGCUCUCGUCCAUCUCCGCCUCCCGCCUCGCCCUCCCCAACCUCCUCCCCUCCAAGCUAUGGCAUCAAACCGGUCGCUACGCCGUCAUGGGUAGCGAGCUGUACAAGCUUCGCGAUCGAAAGGAUUCCGAGUUCGUCCUCGGCCCCACCCACGAGGAGGAGAUCACCAAGCUCGUCGCCCACGAGGUCGAUUCGGACCGCCAACUGCCUCUCCGGCUGUAUCAGAUCACCACCAAGUUCAGAGACGAACCGAGACCGAGGAUGGGUCUGCUGCGCACCAAAGAAUUUUUGAUGAAGGAUCUGUACUCGUUCGACAAGAGUGCGAGCGACGCGAUAGCCACGUAUGACGAGGUAAGACGGGCCUAUGCGAGGAUAUUUGAUCGGGUCUUUGGCGAGAAUGGCAGGUGGAAGGCCGCUGAGGCGGACACGGGUGCUAUAGGCGGCAACAAGAGUCAUGAGUAUCAUGUGGAAGAUGCUGCAGGGGAAGACACGUUGAUAUCGUGCGCGAAGUGCGACUACACCGCCAACACCGAAAAGGCAGUCUCGAUGCCCAAGCCGGCGCACAUGCCCGUCGCGGCGAGCGACGUGAGGGUGCUACUGUUUGGAUGCAAGGAUGUCAAGGUGCAGGAUCAGGUCAUGCACGCAUUCGUGCUGCCGUUUGAUCGAGGUUUGAACGAGACCAAGCUCGAGAAGCGCAUCGCCAAGCUCAACACUGCAACCACUCCACAGCAGCCAGAGCCAUAUAAAGCAGGGAAGAAUGACGCAGCCGCGCAGGACAAGAUCGAGUUGCUCUACGACUCUUCCUCCUCUUCCUCAUUGGAUCAAGCAUCGACCUGGGACUGGAAGGAUCGACCGGAAGGCCCACUAAUGCGCUUCACCUCGCUCUCGGUCCUUGCCGAUUUCGAAUGCGCCUCCCUUGACCCAUCCGAACUCAACGACGCGCUCAUCGCCGCUGUCAACUCGUUCACCUCUCGACCCGGCACAUCGUCGAACGCGCAAGUGCCGCUCAUGGACCUCUUCCCAACCCAAUUCGGCCACUUUGCCGCCUCGCCGUCGGGCGUCACCCCGCCUCUGACGCUGGUAGACAUCCGCACCGCUCAAGCCGACGACACCUGCCCCUCGUGCAAGUCACCGCACUCGCUCCGGGAGACCAAAGCCAUCGAGAUCGGCCACACCUUCUACCUUGGGGAGCGCUACAGUCGGGCGCUCGAAGCAGGGUUCAUCCCGUCGAACGAGGUCAAGGCGGAAACCGAGGCGGUGGAGAGACUGCCCAAUGGAAGGGUGCCAUUUCAGAUGGGCUGUUAUGGGAUCGGCGUGUCGCGGAUUCUGGGUGCGCUGGCGCAAAAAGCGAUUGGAGACUUCGAUUCCACAUUCAACGAUCAGUCGAUAGCGACCGAUGGGAAGGGAAAGUUAAAGGGGAAGAAAUCAGGCUUCGUCUGGCCAGCAGAAGUGGCACCUUUCACCGGGGUCAUUGUCAUCGCUGACCCUCGGGACGCAGGCAAAGUGCAAGCAGCACAGGAUGUGUGGCAUCGCAUCAUCACGCACGCCAGACGGAGCGAUCGCAGCGUUCGGACUGUCCUCGAGUCCAUCGUCGCCGCUUCUCACACCGACACGCCGCCCAAGCCCACCUUGGGAAUGGACGAAGGGUGGUCCACCGACCAAGCCUCCGAGCUCGUCAUCGACGAUCGAACCACAACGCUCGGCAGCAAGCUCGCAGAUAGCGACCUCACCGGCUACUCGUUCAGGAUCAUCGUAGGCAAGCACUUUAGCGCCCAGUCCAAGGUCGAGUUGCAAUACGUCGGACCACAUGGGUGGGAAGCGGUGCUGCUGCCGCUCGACGCGUUCGGUUCCCCAACCUCCUAG